ACAGGUUCGAGCCUUGUGAGUUUAGCUCAUGCUAUAGCCAUGACCAUGGGUGUCACAUCAAUCCAUUUCUCCUGUCAUCUUUUCUAGCUUUAUGCCAUCUGUCUCGCGAAAUGGCCCACACCAAUGUUCCAGCAGCCAUACUGGGGAACUCCAGUCACCGGAUAAAGGAAAGUGGGCCGCAGUGCUAUCGGCCUUCUUCCUCUCGGCUGUUAAGCUUCCACCUUAAUGCCGAUCUCUGUUGCCUGCAAAUCACAACAAAACCCUAGGGAAACCUCUUAAAAACCCUAGUGACCUUUCAGUUGUUCUUCUUCUGUGUCGAGGUUUGGUGUUUAGAGAGGUCCUGGAUGGAUAAAGUUUGUGAUAUUUGUGGUGACACUGGCUAUGCUGAAGCUAUUAUUACUUGUUGCAUUUGCAAGAAAGCUUCAGGGCAUAGCUAUUGUAUGCAACCACCACUUGAACCUGUUGAAAGUUUGCAUUGUGAUGAAUGUUUAGCAAGUCAUCAUGCAGAUGCAAAGAUGAAGGAAAAAUUUACUAAUCAGAAGAUCAUGCAAACUGGCUGUUCUGAUGCUGAAGAAGCUAAUACUCUGCAGGGAAAACGGUUGCAAUUGGUUGAGACCAGAAAUUCUAAAAUUAAUAAUGAUAAACACAGAUCAUCUAGGAAAGAAAAGCAAUUUUUUCAAGGUACUUUUAAGACAACAGAGAUGGCAAAAGUAAAGUUUAUUUCUGAUAAGGAAGCUGCCUUGCUUGGCACUGAAUCAAAAUCAAGGGCAUGCAGUACAAAAGAAAGUUUGCAUCCCUCGCUGAUGUCUAAUACCAAAGCAAAAGCAUAUGAUUCAAAAAGAAAUCUGCCUGCUGUGGUGAAACCUGGAACAAAAAUGAUGACAGACAAUGGAUGGAAAAACUGGCAUGUGUUGUCACAUCGAGCUGCUGAGGGAAAUAUUACACCGCCUUCUACAUCUAUAUGUCGAACUCCCAGAAUGUCUACAAUCGUAGGUUCAGACACUCUAAAGACUGUCACUCAGACAAACAAGGGAGCUGUUGAUGCCAGAGUACACCUUUCUUCCUCAGAGUGUGUAAUGCCAAGGAAACAUGUUAUGGAUGAUAAGAAAGGAAAGAUACAAAAGAACAAACCUUCAGGAGAUGAGGCUUCUGAAGCAUUUUGCAUCAAAGAUACCAUGGAGGGAUCUGCUGAAGAAACAAAUUGUAAAUCUGAUGCUCUGUCCUCAUUUACCAAGGAUGAAAAGAUGACAUAUAGUGUUCUAGAUAAAGAGGCUACUGCAGCUGCUACUGUAGAAAGGCCCAUGGAAGUCUGUUCUAAUGCUGGAGUAUCUGGAUCUUCCUCAAAGCGCAUCAGACUCAACCAGUGUGAUCGUGGCAUUGAUGGUGCUUCGGAUGUUGAGCCUGUGAAAACAUCUGUGCCUGAUACUGUACUAGGAGGCUCGCGUGAUGAGAUUAACCUUCUUCCUGCUGGUGGUUCAGGUAAUGUUGUCUGUUCUGAUGCACAAGUAAAUAAACAUUGUUGUCAAGAUGCGGAUCAGCCACUGGUUUUGCUUAUUAGUCCAGAUAUGAAGUUUUCGAACUGUCCUGUUACAGAUAUCUGUUGGAAGGGGGGGUUUGACGUUUUUAAUGAAGAUUUCCAUGUAUGUUGUGGAAUUCAAGCUCAUUUCUCUCGCCAAGUGUCAUAUAAAGCAUAUGAAGUCACAAAACAAAUUCCCAAUGAGUUGAAGUUCAAGGUCAUACCUCGUGCCCGUGUUUGGCCAAAAAUCUUUCAAUUGGAUCCACCCACAUGUGAGGACAUUGGACUAUACUUUCUCCCUUCUGAGAUCCUGAGGUCUAAAGAGAACUAUAUCUGUCUUUUAGAGCAUAUGAACUCUCGCGAUUGUGCAUUGCAAAGUCAAAUUGGUGAUGUCAAAUUACAGAUAUAUACAUCUAAGCAAUUGCCUGCAGACUCUGAAGGACCAGUUUCGCAGUUGUAUUUGUGGGGAAUCUUCUGCCGUGUGAAACAUAAGAAACUCAGCUGUGAUAUGCAAAAACAACUUUCUUCCAAGACUCCUGUUACUUCCGUAGGGACUGGCAAUCAAUCAAAUAACCAUCAGAAAGGCAAUUCUACAGAAAUUCAUAGUACCGGGAAAAAUAAAUUGAGUCCUGUACCUUUAUUUGAUCCUCCUUGUGGAUUUCAGAAGCUGAGAUCUGAAGUGCAUGGAAAGAGGCCUUCUCCACCAAAGGAUGUGAAGAGGCCAAUUUCAUCCGAAUCACCACCUGGUUUUCCAAGGCAUUCUCCAGGGAAGGAAGGUAGCUCAUCUAGGGUGGCUGAUAGCAUGACAUCCCUCGUGUGCAAGGCGACCAGAUCAACAAUGGAUCAUCAGGAUUUGGGGCAUGCAUAUAGGUCAAGGGGUAGCAAUACUACGGGCAGCAAUCGUACUCAUCGUGAUAGACAUUAUACCAUGAAGGCUGGAGAUAGAGAAAAAGGGAAAAUCCUGCAGGGUGCUAGUAGAGUGAAAGACAGCAAGAUAAAGGUUCCUUAUAAUAAGGUUGAUGGAACACCAUCUCGAUCGGUAUCGGAGCAUACCAGACAUACUGUACCAUACAGGUAUCGAGCCAAUAUGCAGUAUAGAGAGCGUACCAAGUAUCGGUAUACUGAACGGAUCCCUGUUCCACACGUUCCGACGCUACAUUAGGAUGGUACUGGUAUGGGGUCAAAUAUUGAGAAGGCAGGAAUAAAAAUCUAGUGGGUUCAAAAUUCCGACUAACAAGCAGCUGUCAUCAGCAUCUGCAGGUUAUGAUACCAUCAAGGAGCCAGAAAAGCCAAUUCAUGCUAUUCAAGAUGCAUCCUCCAAGUUUAACCUUGGGAGGAUCAUGAUAACAAAGUGGCUCAAGACCUAGAACCAAGUACUAAUCAGCCUUCCUGAUCUCUUUAGGCCUCACCUUGUUACAUUCCUCAAGCAAGAGAGCGUGGGGCAGGAGAUUGUAUUGUACCCCCGUUGGUUUGAUGUUUAGACUAUGUACUGAUUUUCCGGUUACAGUUUGUACAUGCCUAAUGCUGAUUUUUGAUAUCAGAUGCAUAUUUACAGUAUGUUAGAAGGUGGUAUGAAUGCAUUUUGGCUGCGACUACA